AUGGGCAAGCCUCCGAACCUAUACGCUUUCCAGAGCGCUGCUGAGCUCGCCCCGAGCCUGCGCACCUACGUUCUCGAUGCCCAAAACGCCGCACUCGAGCGCCACCAAGUUUUCCGUGUCGCCGUCUCCGGCGGCUCCCUGCCCAAGACGCUUGCGCAAGCGCUUCUCAAGGAAACCAAUGGCGAGGGAAAGGUACAAUUCGACAAGUGGGAGAUCUUCUACGCCGACGAGCGCGCCGUGCCCCUCGAUCAUGAGGACAGCAAUCACAGACUGGUCAAGGAGGAGCUUCUCGACAAGAUACCGUCUGAGUUGGGAACACCCAAGGUCUACCCAAUCGACGUCAAGUACCUCGACGACGUACAAGAGCUGGCCGACCAGUAUGAGAAGACGCUCGUCAGUGUCUUUGCUGCGCGCGAUAGCGUAAAGCUACCACUCUUCGAUCUGCUCCUGCUUGGCUGCGGACCAGACGGCCACACCUGCAGUUUGUUCCCCGGCUCUGAUCUCCUGCGCGAAACCGAAGCGUGGGUACUUUCCAUCUCCGACUCCCCAAAGCCUCCCCCGAAGCGCAUUACCAUCUCCCUCCCUGUCGCGCAACACGGACUUAAGAUUGGCUUUGUUGCAACGGGCGGAGGAAAGAAGGACAUCAUGCGCCAGAUUUUCGAUACCGACGAGGGUCAGCAGCUACCGUGUGGUCUAGUGAACCACAAGGGUGGGGACCGCGUUAGCUGGUUUGUCGACUACGCUGCUAUCGAGGGUGUCUCUUUCCCAGCGCGCCGCGGUAGCUUGUGA